UGGGACGACGCAUCUGUUGCCGUGCGGGACUCUCAUAAGUAAGACCAACCAGGAGACUUACUACCCCCAAAAUUUCGCGGUGGACUUGAGCUUCAGAAACGAUGCAUUUGUGGGAUGUAUUUUGCUACUACUUCUGGAACGAGAAGUUUUGGUUUCCUGACGGGGUGUCUUGGAGCGAUUUGGAAAACAAAGAUGACGGUUUCUACCAUCCACAGCGAACCGAUCUCUUGUGGGUAUUUCCCAUAGCAGCUCUCCUCUUCGUUUUAAGAAAAGUUUUUGAAAGGUUUAUUGCCAAACCAGUCGCACUGGCAUUAGGAUUAAAACAAAACACAUGCAGAGUCAAACCCAACCUUAUCCUGGAAGAUGCUUACAAAGUUGCCAGAUCUCCUACAGAUGACAUGCUACAGGGUUUGUCAAAAAAGACGUCCAUGUCAAGGCGACAAGUGGAGAGGUGGUUCAGAGUGCGGCGGAAUCAGGAUAUUCCCAGCCUGUUGAAGAAGUUCGCAGAGGGGAGUUGGAGAUUUGUCUAUUACCUCAUCAUAUUUUUCGUGGGCUUAUAUGUACUGAGUGAUAAACCAUGGUUUCUUGAUGUGGAUAAGUGCUGGGAAAGCUUUCCUCACCAGCACGUACCAGAAAGUAUCAAGUGGUACUACUUGGUGGAACUGAGUUUUUAUGUUUCCCUGAUGUUCUCACAGUUUUUUGAUGUCAAGAGAAAGGAUUUCUUUGAGAUGUUUGUACACCACGUUGCUACUAUUUCCCUGAUGUUUUUUUCCUGGUGUAACAACAUGGUUCGCAUAGGAACACUCAUACUAGUGGUUCACGACGCAUGCGACUAUUUGUUAGAGCUGUCGAAACUCUUGAAUUAUUUGAAAUGGGACAAGAUUUGCAAUUCCGUUUUUGCAACAUUUGCAUUGAUGUGGUUGAUCACUCGCCUUACAAUUUUCCCAUUUUGGAUCAUUCACUCCACCUUGUUCACAGCAAUAAAAGUUGUUGGCUUCUGUAACAUCUACUAUUUGUACAAUACCUUUCUGAUAUUACUGCAAAUCCUCCAUGUCGUCUGGUUUAUCUUCAUCGCAAAGGUCGCCUACCAGGCCCUGUUUAAGGGACAGAUUACAAAAGAUGCUCGAAGCGAGACAGAGGAAGAAAUUAGUGAGGAAGAGAAAAGUGUUCCGGUCGCCAAUGGUCUUAAACAAACGGGGAGAUGAGAGCGAUACCGCCCACAUUACACGCAAAUAUCAGAACUGUCGUGUAGAAAUAUCACCAUAUUGUCUUAUUUACCAUGUUUCAUAAU